AAAGUAACAAAAGGAUAUAGAAAACGUGAUGAUAAGCGAUUAUAUCAGAAUUAAACAUCAGAAAUUCAAAAAUUAAUAUGAAUUAAUAUUCUCACUGAAAAUGAAGAAGUAAUCAAUUAAAACACAGAGGAAAAGUUAAAAGUAUUCGAUAAAUAUUAAGGUAUAUCAAUUUUUCAUACCUUUAGUUUAUCCUAUAAAUAAUCCCUGAUGAGGAGAUCUAAAUUGGCCUCGAGACAUGUUUGUUCCCUAGUCUAGUAGUAUCAAAAGGACGGAGAAAGGAGAAAUUGGGAGUGAUUUUAGAAAUGUAAUCUCAAUAGAUUGGUUUAGAAUCAACCACAAAUACAUUUUCGGUGGUUGGGGAUUUUUUCUCGAAAAUCUCAUUGUCAAAAAUGCAACAAAAAUGGAACUGAAAUCAAAUAUACAUUUACCAACGUCGGACGUGUUUCGCGAAUUAGAAAAGUUGAAAAGUAUAAAUGAUGCUAAGAGGAGAUCUAUAUUGAACCUUCAGCAACAAAUAUGUAAUACUGUCCAGGAGAAAAACGAUGUCACAUCUCAGUUUGAUGAAUAUCGUUCAGAGGCUCACGAAAUUAUCAGAGGUGCAAAAACUAGUGUCUCCGAGAAAACGACAAUUCUUAAAGAGUAUCAAGAAAAGGCUGAACAGCUUAGUCAUGAAGUUAGUAUAAUAAGGGGAGAAUUACUUCUGUCCGAAAAUUUUGAGAAGCGGCUCGCAAAGAAAAAAAACAAAAGUGAAACGAAAAUUAAUGAUUUCUCAGGUCAAACUGAGAUGGAACUUUUGCAGAAAUCGAAAUAUGAUGAACUCGAAAAGAAAUAUGACCUCAACAUACAGAAAAAGGAACAACUAAAAACAGCUCUUGAAGCUUUAAAAAGUAAGAGGUCAGAUUUGGAAGAAGUUUUACGAAAUACAUUUCAAAAGGUGGACCAGUUAAAUGCAGAGGUUUCAAGUCUUCACAUAGAAAAUCAGCAACGACAAACUGCAGUUGUAAAAGUCUUUACAGAAUUGGACGAUUUUGUUUGUCAAAAGAAGAAAGAACUCCAAAUUAUAACAAAAAAACUUUCAACUGAGAAAGAUGACACAUCUGCUGUAAAUUCCAGUCUGCCAGUCAUACGUGAGGAAGAUUUUCAAAAAUUGCCAAAGUUGACCUGCGAUCUGUGUGGUCAGCAAUAUCAAACAAAACGGGAGAUGAUUUUUCACAUGAAAAGUUUUCAUACGAGGAGAAGAUUCAAGUGUAACAUAUGUUUCGAAACUUUCGCCUUCCAGCAGAAUUGUUAUGCGCACAUUAAAAAUAAGCAUGCAAGACUUAGGGACUUCAAACGCUUUGUAAGAAGAAUUUCCCGAAAAAAGAAAAAGGGAAAUCGGAAAAAUUCAGGAAAGCUCACGUGUUAUUUAUGUGGCAAACAAUAUAAAACCAAACAAGGUUUGUCGUAUCACGUAGAAAGUGCUCAUGUGAGAAUAAAAUAUAAGUGUCAAAUAUGUUCCAGCACUUUUGUGAAUCAAGUAUAUUGUUUUGCUCAUGUAAAAAAAAUUCACUGGAAAUGGAAAGAUUUUAGAUCCUUCGUAAAAGUUGUUUCUCAAAAGAAUGAGGUUUUGGAAACGAUUUCAAAAGUUGAAAACAGGAUGAGAACUCCUAUAAAGCCUAUCGCUAAAGUUAAUAAUGGCUAUGAUCAGGAACAUUUAUUAGACUUUUCAGACCACCCCUGUAAUUUGUGCCGCAAAAAAUAUAAAAGCAAACAAGGCUUAACGAUACACAAAGAAAAUUUUCAUGCGAAAAUAAAAUUUAAGUGUAAAAUAUGUUUCAAAAUGUUUGGCUACAAGCAAACGUGUACUUCGCACAUAAAAAUUGGUCACUCAAAAUUCACUGAUUAUAAACGCUUUAUUCAAGCAGUUUCCCAGGAGAAGAAGAAAUUUGGAAUAAUAGAAACGAUAUCUGAAAAUGAAGAAAAAGAAACAAUUACUACAAAGCCAAUCGAUGAAGUUAAUCCUGAGGGGAAUCUCCAGGAUUCUGGCAUGCCUACCUGCGAUUUGUGUGGCAAACAAUAUUUAAGCAAGCAAGGUCUGGCGUUUCACGUAGAAAAUCUCCAUGAGAGAAGAAAAUUCAAGUGUGGAAUAUGUUCAAAAAUUUUCUCCUACCAACAGUGUUGUAUUACUCACGUUAAAAACGAGCAUUCUAAAUCCGGGGACUACAGACUUUUUGUAAACGCUUUUACCGACACGGAGCAAAAAAAACAGAUAUUGAGUACUGCAUUGUUUAAAUAGACCAACGAAUAUCCGUUUGUCAAAAACAACUAUAUAAUUCUCAUUUUGAUAAAAGAAAUAAAUACUCUAUGCUUUAAA